GCUGAGUUGGGUAGUGUCAAUAGUGUCUCAAUAUAAUUAGUGUCUAAAGUUAAAUUUUAACAAAGUCAUAAACUGUCUCAGUAGAAUAUAAAACUUUAGUUAUUACUAAGAUUUUAAAGGCUCCAAGCAAAGACAUUCAGUAGCCUUGCCCUUGAGCCACCCAUGAUCAGUGUGCAAUAUGGAACUAAAAUUUGGGGUUUUAACUGUCACAAGACUGGAAGAUAUGUUUAUACCCAUGUUGAAAAACUGCAAGAGCACAGGUUUUUUGAAGAAAAUCCAUGCCCAAAUUGUCAAAUUUUCUCUUUCACAGAGUAGCUAUUUAGUCACCAAAAUGGUUGAGAUUUGUGACAGAAUUGGAGAAAUAGACUAUGCUAAUUUUCUGUUCAAACAAGUUGAUGAUCCAAACAACUAUUUGUACAACUCUAUAAUUAGAGCUUACACACAUAAACAAAGGUAUAUUUCAUGUAUCAAAGUAUAUAAGCAAAUGAUGGAAGGAACAUUUUGUCCUGAUGAAUAUACAUACCCAUUUGUGAUUAGAUCAUGUAGUGGUAUUUUAUGUGUUGAUUUAGGUGAACAGUUGCAUGGACAUGUGUGUAAAUUUGGGUUGAAUUGUAGUAAUGUGAUAGCCAAUUCUUUGUUAGAUAUGUAUGUGAAAUGUGACCGAAUGAGUUAUGCACAUAAGGUGUUCGAUGAAAUGUCUGAAAGAGAUGUGAUUUCUUGGAACAGUCUUAUUUGUGGACAUGUAAGGUUGCGUCAAGUAAGGAAGGCGAGAGCUUUAUUUGAUGAUAUGCCGAAUAAGACUAUUGUUUCUUGGACUGCUAUGAUUUCCGGGUACACGAAAACGGGGUGCUAUGGCGAUGCAUUGGAUGUUUUUAGGAGGAUGCAAAUGGUCGGGUUGAAACCCGAUUGGAUUAGUUUGGUAUCCGUUUUGCCAGCUUGUGCGCAACUUGGAGCGCUCGAGUUAGGAAAGUGGAUUCAUUUUUACGCGGAAAAGUAUGGGUAUUUGAAGAGGACUUCUGUUUGCAAUGCAUUGAUGGAAAUGUACGCGAAAUGUGGAAGCGUAAACGAGGCUUGGCAGUUGUUUAAUCAGAUGUCUGAAAGAGACGUGAUCUCUUGGAGUACGAUGAUUGGAGGCUUAGCCAAUCACGGUAGAGCUCAUGAAGCGCUUAAGUUGUUUCACGAAAUGAAGAGGUCUGAUGUUGAACCGAAUGAGAUCACUUUUGUUGGUCUUCUAUGUGCUUGCGCGCAUGCUGGUCUUUGCGAUGAUGGUUUGAGGUACUUUGAUUCCAUGAAAAUUGAUUACAACAUAGAGCCGGGGAUUGAGCAUUAUGGUUGUCUGGUUGAUCUUUUGGGGCGUACAGGACGUGUUGAACGAGCUCUUGCAAUCAUCAAGAGCAUGCCGGUUAAGCCCGACUCUGCUAUAUGGGGUUCUCUGUUGAGUUCUUGCAGAACUUAUCGCAAUCUUGAAAUUGCAGUUAUUGCAAUGGAACAUCUGUUAGAGCUUGAACCGGAAGAUACAGGGAACUAUAUUCUACUCGCUAAUAUAUACGCAGAUCUUGGGAAGUGGGACGGUGUAUCGAGGAUGAGGAAAUUCAUAAGGAGUAAAAGUAUGAAGAAAACACCGGGCUGCAGUCUGAUUGAGAUAAAUAGUUCGGUCCAAGAAUUUCUAUCUGGUGAUAAUUCAAAACCGUUUUCAAAAGAUAUCCAUGAGGUGCUAGAGCUAUUGGCCUUGCAUCAAAGCGAAGAAAAUGAUAUAGUUGAUCCAGCGCUCGAUUACUUACGUUCAUGAAUUUAUACUGCAAAACACUUCAGCAAAAUGUUAUCUUAACAUUGAUAGAGGAGAAGUUGUCAUUCUGAUGCAUGCGCUCUUCUCCGUUCAAGCUUUUAGAACAGUUUAUACCACAUUCUUUAACGUCUGGAAAUUCCAGGAGGAGCGAUUCAGAUUUGUGGGAUCGGUAGAGAUGGGAAUCACGAUGAACUUGAAUGAACAUAUGUCAGCCAGGAAUUCGAGGGCAGAUAUGCAACAGUUCAAUUAUUCAGAUGGUGGUGUUCCAUUUACAUAAGAAAAGUUGCCUGAAAUGCAAUGCUAAGGACCGAGAUAUCACUGUUUUCCUGGGCAUUGGUGACAAAGAGAGGAUUGAACCACUAGCAAUCUGCAUACAACGACAAGUAAACAACUCAAGACGUUAUUGAUCAUUUAGAAAAAAAGAUUUGCUCGUUGCCUUCACAAGAACUCGAUAAUAUUCCCUAAGUAAUAUUUCUAUGAUAUAGAAGAACCAACGCGCAGGUCAUGAUCGACAUGUCUGCUUGCUCCCGUGAAUGCGUCAUCAUUCGUCUCAUCCGUUGACAACCAGUGACUAUGUGUUGUUCUUCUGCUCCUUACUUGUCGUUCUAUCGCUGUGCAUGAUUUCCGAGCCUUUGAUCAACGUCAUUCGUAUGAGAAAAAGGCGAUGAGGGGAAUUCCGGGAAGUGAAAUCGAAGCUCGUGCCCGAGAAAGAGAAGCUCACUAUCAGAUAUAUCUAUUAUGCUGCUGAAGCCAAAACCACAGAAGGUGACUCCUGACUGACCUGGGUGCACCCAACAUAAAUUUUGUUUUAUUGUAAAACAAAUUAUUCUCUUUGUUUCAAUUUAUGUUAUAGUAUUUUCUUUUUAGUCUGUUAAAAAAAUAACAAUUCUUUUAUAUGUAGGAUGAAUCUAAGCUUAUACAUUUCAACUCUUAAUGACAUGAUUUUGUAGCCACGACAACGUCGUGAUAUAUUUAAGAUUA